AUGGCCCAAUGGGAGUUUAAUGCCUCAAAGGUAGCUGAUUUGUAUGAAGUGGAUCCAAUGACAUCUAUAGCAGCUCACAUUGCUACCUUAUUUAAUCAAGUGGUUGCCUUAUCAACAAAAAAUAGCCCAUCUAUCAUUGAGAGCGUUGUUGUUGCUGCAUCACAGUCUGGGGUUGGUUUGAAUCAAGAGCAAGCACAAUAUGUGUCUAAUAGAAAUUACAAUUACCGGGGUAACAAUAUGCCAAGAUAUUAUUAUCCGGGGUUAAGAAACCAUGAGAACUUCUCUUAUGCCAAUAACAAAAAUGUCCUACAACCACCUCCUAGUUUUAAUGCUCAGCCACAAGCAGAGAAGAAGAAAUCUUUGGAGAACAUAUUGGGUACUUUUAUGAUGGAGACCAACAAGAGACUCAAUAAGAAUGAAGCGAGGUUGGAUAAUAUUGAAACUCAUAUGUCUAACAUGGGGGCUACAAUGAAGUCCAUAGAGGUCCAAGUGGGACAAUUGGCAACUGCUAUUGGUUCUCAGCAAAAAGGAAAUUUUCCUAGUGACACAAAAGUGAACCCCAAGGAAUUCCUAAAGAAGAAACUUGAUGAGAAAUUUGCAAAGUUUUUAGAGAUAUUCAAGAAGGUUAACAUCAACAUUCCAUUUGUUGAUGCUCUUGAGAAAAUUUCUAAUUAUGUUAAGUUUAUGAAGGAGGUUUUGUCAAAGAAAAGAAAGUUUGAGGAUCAUGAGACUGUGAAGCUUAUAGAGGAAUGCAACUUUACUAUUCCUUGUAAGAUUGGGGGAUUUUCAUUUGAUAAGGUUUUGUGUGACCUUGGUGCUAGUAUUAAUUUGAUGUUGUUAUCAUUUUUUAAGAAGUUGGGUCUUGGGGAGGAAAAGCCUACAACUAUUACGUUGCAACUUGCUAAUCGUUCUUUUACAUAUUCACGUGGAGUUAUAGAAGAUGUCUUAUUUAAAGUGGAUAAAUUUGUAUUUCAUGUGGAUUUUAUGGUAUUGGAUAUGGAGGAGGACCAUGAGAUUAUGUUGAUUCUUGGUCGCCCUUUCUUAGCAACUUGUGGAUCACUUAUUAAUGUACAAGCAGAUCAUUUAACCUUGCGAGUUAAUGAAUAA